UUCAGCAUCAGGACAUGGAGAUACACAUACCUAUUUUUCUGAGUCUUUGUGCUUCUCUCUGCCUUGGCAACGGGUACAUGAGGAUGACACCAAGAAUAAUUCACCCUAAUUCAAGUAUAUGGUCUGCUCCUUUGCCCAAAGAGGAGAAAAAUGCUGUGUUCUACCUAUCACCAUUGUUUUUGUACAUCGGAGGAAAGGAAGCUGUGUACCGUUUAAACCGCACUGAUUUUAGAUCAAAGAGUAACUACACGAUUGCUGCUGAAAUGUACAACUGUAAGGAAAGGCCUUACUGUAAGAAUUAUGUGACAUUUGUGGGUCAGCUGAUAGGAGAUCUCACUGUCUGUGGCACCAACGCCUACAAUCCUCGCUGCUGGAGAAUGGAUGGUGAAACAUUCCAAACAAUUGACAUGACUUGGACUGAACAAUUAGCCCCUCGCACCCCAGAGACCAAUUAUAAUAUCUUAAUUUCAGGCCAACAGACAUACUCCACACUUCCACGAAAAUCCAACAAUGCAGCUAGUUUGCUAAAAUCGAUAUUCCGCAAGAUUAAUGGCACAUAUCCAUUACUAUUCACAGGGGAUAACCUCAUGAGGGCUCCACAUUUUGUGAAGUCUCUAGUAGUGGAGAAAGAAAACCAAGUACAAGAUAAGAUUCUUCUCUUCUACAUUGAGGAUAAUAACGUAACCAGAACAACAGAAAAAAGGGUGUCCAUGGUGGCACAGAUGUGUAAGGGGGAAACAGGAUCUGUAAAACCUAGCAUUCGUAAUGUAUUUAGCUCAGCACUGAAAUCUCGCUUGAUUUGUGGUAAUGAAUUAGCUGGCCAGUACUUUCCCUACCUCAAGGAUGUCUUCUUUCUGCAAGGAAAAACCGGCAGUGCUAUAUAUGGACUAUUCACAAAUGCAUGGAAUCACAGUGCUGUCUGCUCCUAUAACAUUGAAGACAUUGAGUUUGUUUUCAACACUUCCAGCUUUCUCGGGUCUUCAAAAAAAGAUUUAAAGAUUCGCCCCGGCACGUGCCUCCCAUCACCAGAGCUAACCCCAGAGGAUACAUCUGAUGAGGCAUCCAACUUCCCAGAAUUGACAGACUCAGUAAAGCCAUCAGGAAAGAAGGAAGUUUUUCAGACUCUGACCCACUACAUAAAAAUAGUUGUGGAUGAGAUAACAGCAGCUAACGAGGAGCACUACAGAGUCCUCUUAUUAGCUACAGAAAGUGGGACUGUGCACAAAGUUAUAGAGCAUAAUGAUGGAGCUUUGAAUGUUCUGGAAUUGCGUCCCUUCAGCCAGGAAGAACAGAUCCUGCACCUGGAGCUGGAGCCGAGAGAGCAUGCCUUAUAUGUAGGAACUGGCCGGGAAGUUUCUAGGGUCCCACUGGAUGACUGUACUGCCUACAACAACAGCUGCACAGACUGCAUUCAAUCAAGGGAUCCUUACUGUGGUUGGAAUAAUAUGGAAUGUCAGUCUAUUCUAAGGACUAAGAGAUCCUUGCAGAACCUGACACAGGGAGCCAUGUGUAAUAAUGGCCAGGAGACACAUCCUCAGCCUCUAAAAAGAACUGCACUUGCACACUCAACCGAUGUUCCGGCACCACGCAUGUAUUUCAUGUCCUGUCCGGCAGUGUCAAAUCAUGCCACUUACAGCUGGAAAAAUGGUGACACUGAAAUGGGACCCUGUAUCCGUCAUAAUGGUGUCUGCUACAUGUUUUUUAAACAGGUCACAUACCCUGGGAAAUACCAAUGCCUAGCAGAGGAAGUGGCAACACAGCAUGUGAUAUUAGAGUAUAACAUGAAAGUACCGAAUAACGCUAUGAGGAUACAAUACAACUGGUUUGUGGGUUUAACCAUGCUACGUCUGGUAUUCAUGUGACACAACCACUCUUUGUUUGUAGUGGAUCAGUUCCUUGACCUAGAGGUCAUGACUGAUUAAUAUUUUACGUCAAGAAUAAAAAUGUAUUUGUUGCGAUGAAAUACAAGAGAACAACUAGCAGAAAUACAACAAAUACAGAAGUUUUAUUCUCCUUUCAGUUUCUUCACUCAGUAAAGCACUGGGGAAUUCUGGCUAAGAUAAAAUUUCUAUUAUACUGCAUUUAGGGGUUAUUUAGGUCGCAUCGCAACGUGAUGCGACCACAAUAUCCCCAUUCCCUUGUACUAAAGCGCAUGCGCAGGUCCGUCCUGCGUGUGUGUGGCCAGGCCAAUGUGAUCGCAUCACAUUGGCUGCGAACGCCUGUACCUGAUUGACAGGUAGAGGCAUUCGUGGACGGUGUGGGGAAAGCGGGGGCGGGUUGGCUGCGUUUUCAGGGCAGCUGCUCCGAUGGGAAAAAUGGCGGCAGGCCGCCUGCCGGGGAAGGGGGGGGGGGGGGGUCAUCCACAGUUGCUGCAACUUAAAUUGCAGUUGCAGUGAUUGGGCAGGACAUUUAGCAUGCUGGGCGGCCUUGCUUUGCAAUGGGCGGCCUCCCGCAUGCGAUAGAAAGGAUUGCAGGUUCUGCUUUUUAGAGCACGCACUCUAUGCUAAGAUUAUAUUACCCUGGUACCCACCAGCCAGGUGCACCAGGAGUUCCUAAUGCUACUCAGCAUUAGGCCGCUCCUCUCUUAGUGCAGGGGCCCAAUAAUUUUUCAGGCUCGAUGGUUAGAAUUAUCACAUGCUGUUUGAGCUAUCUGGCCUGUCAGAAUGGAAUAAAUUAUUUAAUUAACUAAGAAAAGAAAAAAAAAAUCCUUCCAUUUUCUACAAGCCCAGUGCUACAGUGUCAGGCCCAGUCUUCAAUAGGGGGUAACCCAAUCAUUUUUGUCUCCCUCCCCCAAAGGAUUGGACACACAGAGCUAAUCGCCGUAGCACAGUCCCCCAUAGCUUUCUCUCGGGGGGGGGGG